AAGAAGAGUUUAUGCAUGUUGGAAACUCGAUAGGAGGCAGCAGCUGAUCUUCCCAUCACCAGCCUAAAAAUACUCCACAGCAGAGCUUAGAGCUGCUUCAGUAAGUGGAGGAAAAUCCUGUCAUCGGAAUAAUAUUGAUCAGAUAGGACAGCGGAGUGAACAUUUGGUUUGGUGUUUUGUGUGUGCUAAGCAAUAAGGCUGUCUGGAAGCAAUGAAACUCGCAUUUUGUGGGAAUGACAACCCUGCUGCCUAUAAUAUCAGUGCUGGUGUCCUGAGAAAUGUCUGCUUCGUGGAUGCUCUCAACCUGGUUCCUCAUGUCUUCCUGUUAUUUAUCACCUUUCCAAUUUUGUUUAUUGGCUGGGGAAGUCAAAGCUCCAAAGUCCAGAUACAUCACAACACAUGGCUGCAUUUCCCUGGACACAACCUCCGGUGGAUUUUGACAUUCACCCUCCUGUUUGUGCAUGUCUGUGAGAUAGCAGAGGGCAUAGUUUCAGAUGCACAAAUGAAAUCUCGACACCUGCAUCUUUUCCUACCAGCUAUAAUUGGAUUUGUGGCUGCCACAACAUCUAUAGUCUAUUACCAUAAUAUCGAAACAUCUAACUUUCCAAAAUUACUGCUAGCUCUUUUUCUUUACUGGGUUAUGGCCUUUGUCGCCAAAACCAUCAAGCUGGUCAGAUACUGUCAAGAAGGUGUGACAUUCUCUCAGUUGCGCUUCUGCAUCACUGGAAUUAUGGUCAUUCUUUAUGGGUUGCUGAUGGCUGUGGAGAUCAAUGUCAUUAGAGUUAGGAGGUAUGUAUUUUCCAUGAAUCCUCAGAAAGUAAAGCCACCUGAAGACCUACAAGAUCUGGGUGUGAGAUUUCUUCAACCAUUUGUCAAUCUUCUCUCAAAAGCGACUUACUGGUGGAUGAAUACACUUAUUAUAUCUGCUCACAAGAAACCAAUUGACUUGAAGGCAAUUGGGAAGCUGCCAAUAGCAAUGCGAGCUCUUACUAACUACGUUUGUUUGAAAGAAGCCUAUGAAGAGCAAAAGAAAAAGGUGGCAAACCAGCCGAAUAGGAAUCCUUCUAUAUGGUUAGCAAUGUACAGGGCUUUUGGACGACCAAUCCUUCUCAGUAGCACAUUCCGUUACUUGGCUGAUCUGUUGGGUUUUGCUGGACCACUCUGCAUUUCUGGCAUUGUUCAAGGCUUCCAGAAUACAAGCCAAGACAAUACAACCACAAUAGAAAAGGAUCAAUCAGACUCGUACCUGUCCUCACAGGAUUUCCUUGGAAAUGCUUAUGUCCUAGCAGUUCUGCUGUUCCUGGCCCUCAUCCUACAAAGAACAUUUCUGCAGGCUUCCUAUUAUGUUACCACUGAAACUGGCAUCAAUCUGCGAGGUGCCUUACUGGCAAUGAUAUACAAUAAGAUUCUGAGGCUUUCUACAUCCAACUUGUCCAUGGGAGAGAUGACAUUGGGACAGAUCAAUAACUUGGUUGCCAUCGAAACAAAUCAGCUAAUGUGGUUCUUGUUCCUAUGUCCCAACCUAUGGGCUAUGCCUGUACAGAUCAUAAUGGGUGUGAUCCUACUUUAUAACUUGCUUGGAGAGAGUGCAUUAGUUGGUGCUGCUGUAAUUGUAUUGCUUGCUCCGAUACAAUAUUUCAUAGCUACAAAGCUGGCUGAGGCUCAGAAGAGCACUCUGGAUUAUUCCACUGAAAGAUUAAAGAAAACCAAUGAGAUAUUGAAAGGCAUUAAAUUGUUAAAGCUGUAUGCCUGGGAGCACAUAUUUUGCACAAGCGUGGAGGAAACAAGAAUGAAGGAGUUCACAAGUCUCAAAACCUUUGCACUUUAUACAUCUCUUUCCAUUUUUAUGAAUGCAGCCAUCCCAAUGGCAGCUGUUCUUGCAACCUUUGUCACCUAUGCAUAUACCACUGACAAGAAAUUGCAGCCAGCACAAGCCUUUGCAUCCCUGUCAUUGUUCCAUAUCCUGGUUACACCACUGUUCCUGCUCUCCACUGUAGUUAGGUUUGCAGUCAAGGCCAUUAUAAGUGUUCAGAAGCUGAAUGAAUUUCUCUUAAGUGAUGAGAUUGGAGGUGACAGCUGGAGAGAUGGGUGCAGCUCAGUAGCUUAUGAGUCGUGUAAGAAGCACACAGGAUUUCAUCCCAAGGCCAUCAACAGGAAACAGCCAUUGAGAUAUCAGCUGGAGAGCUAUGAGCAGUCAUCCAGGAGGCAGCCACGUUCCUUAGAGAUUGAUGAUAUUGCAAUCAAGGUCAGCAAUGGAUACUUUUCUUGGGGGAGUGGCUUAGCUACAUUAUCCAAUAUAAACAUCAGAAUCCCAACAGGUCAGAUGACAAUGAUUGUGGGUCAGGUGGGCUGUGGCAAAUCUUCACUUCUCCUUGCUAUACUUGGAGAGAUGCAGACUCUGGAGGGAAAAGUUCACUGGAGCAAUGUAAAUGAAAAUGAACCUUCUUUGGAAGCACCCAGAAGUCGAAACAGAUACUCUGUGGCUUAUGCAGCACAGAAGCCAUGGCUAUUGAAUGCUACAGUGGAAGAGAACAUUACCUGUGGGAGCCCUUUUAACAAACAGAGAUACAAAACUGUUACAGAUGCCUGCUCUCUACAACCUGACAUUGACUUGUUACCAUUUGGUGAUCAGACAGAAAUUGGAGAAAGGGGCAUUAACUUAAGUGGAGGCCAACGGCAAAGAAUCUGUGUAGCUCGAGCACUCUAUCAAAAUACCAACAUUGUUUUCUUGGAUGACCCCUUCUCUGCACUGGACAUUCACUUAAGUGAUCAUUUGAUGCAGGAAGGUAUCUUGAAAUUCCUCCAAGAAGACAAAAGAACACUUGUUCUGGUGACGCACAAAUUACAAUAUCUGCCACAUGCUGACUGGAUCAUAGCCAUGAAGGAUGGUAUGGUGCUCAGAGAAGGGACUUUGAAGGACAUCCAAAACAAAGAUGUUGAACUGUAUGAACACUGGAAAACUCUGAUGAAUCGUCAAGAUCAAGAAUUAGAAAAGGAUAUGGAAGCUGACCAAACUAGUUUAGAAAGAAAAACUCUCAGAAGAGCUAUGUACCCAAGAGAAUCCAAAGCACAACUGGAGGAUGAGGAUGAAGAGGAAGAGGAGGAAGAAGAUGAAGAUGAUAACAUGUCAACAGUAAUGCGGCUCAGGACAAAGAUGCCUUGGAAAACCUGUUGGAGAUAUCUUACCUCUGGAGGAUUUUUCUUGCUGUUUCUCAUGAUUUUCUCCAAGCUGUUGAAACACUCAGUCAUUGUAGCCAUAGAUUACUGGCUGGCUAGAUGGACGUCCCUGGAUGAGAAACAUAAAGAAGAUGAGACUUACUAUGUAGCUCGGUUCAGCUUGCUUUGUGGAGCAGGGAUUGUGCUUUGUCUUAUCACAUCUCUGACUGUGGAGUGGAUGGGCCUCACAGCAGCCAAGAACCUUCACCACAAUCUCCUGAACAAGAUCAUCCUUGGGCCAAUCAGGUUCUUCGACAUGACUCCCUUGGGGUUAAUUCUAAAUCGCUUCUCUGCGGAUACGAAUAUUAUUGAUCAGCACAUUCCCCCUACCCUGGAGUCUCUCACCCGGUCAACCUUACUUUGCCUUUCUGCCAUUGGAAUUAUCUCCUAUGCCACACCAUGGUUCCUCGUUGCCCUUGUACCUCUUGGGAUAGCCUUUUAUUUCAUCCAGAAAUACUUCAGAGUCGCUUCCAAGGACCUACAGGAACUUGAUGACAGCACCCAGCUACCUUUACUCUGUCAUUUCUCAGAAACAGCUGAAGGACUCACCACUAUUAGAGCAUUUAGGCAUGAAGCCAGAUUUAAACAACGCAUGCUGGAACUAACAGACACAAACAACAUUGCCUACUUAUUUCUCUCAGCUGCCAAUAGAUGGCUGGAGGUCAGGACGGAUUAUCUGGGUGCCUGUAUAGUUCUUACUGCAGCCGUUGCUUCCAUCAAAGAAGGGCCAAAGUCUGGUUUUGUGGGGCUAGGUCUCCUUUAUGCCCUAACGAUAACCAACUAUUUGAACUGGGUUGUGAGAAAUUUGGCUGAUUUAGAGGUGCAAAUGGGUGCAGUGAAGAAAGUGAACAGCUUCCUGAACAUGGAGUCUGAGAACUACGAUGGCACCUUGGAUGCUUCUCAAAUCCCAAAAGACUGGCCCCAAGAGGGGGAAAUCAAGAUUGAAGAUUUGUGUGUCCGAUAUGAAAACAACCUGAAGCCUGUUCUCAAGCAUGUCAAGGCUUACAUCAAACCAGGACAGAAGGUUGGGAUCUGUGGCCGCACAGGGAGUGGAAAAUCAUCAUUGUCUUUGGCUUUCUUCAGAAUGGUGGACAUCUUUGAUGGGAGGAUUGUGAUUGAUGGAAUAGACAUUAGUAAAUUACCCCUGCACACCCUCCGCUCCCGACUGUCAAUUAUUCUCCAAGAUCCUGUGCUGUUCAGUGGUUCCAUUCGCUUUAAUUUGGAUCCAGAGUGCAAGUGCACUGACGAUAGACUUUGGGAAGCUCUGGAGAUUGCUCAGCUGAAGAACUUGGUGAAGUCAUUGCCAGGCGGCCUAGAUGCAAUGGUAACAGAAGGAGGAGAGAAUUUCAGUGUGGGUCAAAGACAGCUCUUCUGUUUGGCCAGAGCCUUUGUUCGUAAGAGCAGCAUCCUCAUCAUGGAUGAAGCCACAGCUUCUAUUGACAUGGCCACAGAAAACAUAUUGCAGAAGGUUGUGAUGACUGCCUUUGCAGACCGCACAGUAGUAACGAUAGCUCAUCGGGUUCACACUAUUUUGACUGCAGACCUGGUCAUUGUGAUGAAACGAGGGAACAUUUUGGAAUACGAUACUCCAGAGAACUUACUCUCCCAGGAAAAUGGCAUCUUUGCUUCUUUUGUCCGGGCUGACAUGUGAAGGGUCAUUAGAUUGCAUGCUGUAUUUUUAAUACCUUAUUUUUAAAAAAAACCACGAAAUUCAAAUAUUUUCUAUUGGAAGUAGUGUCACUUUAGUCUUUUCAAAUAUUUUUUUCUGCACGUUUCUAUCUUUAAAUAAUAAAACCCAUUGCACUACAUGUAUGCCUCAAAGCAAUAAAAAUGUCACUUUACCAAAUGCCGUUAAGCUUCUCACAUGUAAAUUUGCAACAGUUUGACUUCCUGAAAAUUUGGCAUUUUCCUUGGAUGUUGUUAGUGCAAUUUUUGUCGUUGGUAACAAGCAAAAGAAUGCUGCCUUUUAGGAACUGAAUACGGUACAUUGGAACCAGUGAUCAAGUAAUGUAAUGUGUGGUGGGGGCUAAAGAGCACCAGGAAUAUCUACCCCUAGAAAAAGAAUACUGUAUAUAACAAGGUGCUGACACAAGUGACAUUUUGUCACACGAUGAGCCACUCGAAGUGCUCUACAGUCAUGCCCUUACAGGAGCGCAUGGUGCUUUAAAAAGGCCCAAUCCCAUAACAAUUUGAACUUUCAUUAUUUGAGCGUUCAGAUAAAGGCAGUACAAAGCAGAGUGUCAUUAACGUGUGUCAGUGUGUGCUGGGAGUAGGGCCUGCUCCUCACACUGUCUUCAGCAUGGGAGGAGGGGAAGGGAGGCCCCCCACUCCAAUCCACCUGCCCUACCCUCCAGCGCCAGCUGGGUAACCCCCAAACUGAGCUCUCUCCACUCCCUUCCCCCCUUGAAGACAGCAACAGGGUUUGGAGGGGUGGGGUUAGGGGACAGCAGCUGCAGACUUGCAGCGGCUCCAACUGCAGCUCAGUCUCCCAACCCCAGGGGCCCAACAGCAAAUGUCUGUUGGGUCUGGGGGAUCACUGUAAGUCAGGGUGCUUCCUAUAAAGUGCCAUGAGUUACAGUGGGGAGCUGCACUUCAGUCUGCGCCCUUAGUGCAAUCUGAUGUAUUCCAAAGGUGUAAACUUUGCCUAGAGUAAUAUCUUUGAGCUAACGAUAAAAAAUAUUCUCUUGAGAGCAGGAAUUAUAGAACAAUUGAUUUCCAACAGAGGUAAAUAAAUUUCUCCUCUCUUCCAUGUCAGUUCACACGCACUAUUUGGAAUCCUGAUGGACUCUGCUUUUUAAAAGCAAUGGCAGUUGCCAUCCACAAAGCUGUGUAUAAGCUUUAUAUAAGCUUCCCCAGUGUUAUAAUGGAUGAGACUCUUUCUGAAGUGGGUAUAUAUUUUUAUUACAAGUUAGUGUAAUAUUCAGAUCUUGCCCAGGAAUCUACUCUUCCUAAUGGUAAUGAACAGGAAACAUCAAAAGGACAAGAGAAAAAUCAGUAUCUAAAAAAAAUUAUGUUCAGUGUUCUGCUCCUAACUCCUUGCUGGUUGUAUGGCUUUUGAAAAUGAAAGGGCACAUUCAUCCUAGGAUUAUUUUGGCUUCAGUAGGUUUACCCUGGGAAUGAAUUUCACUCAAUAUAGUAAGACUUAGAGUAAAUGUAGUUUAAGUAUCCUGAAAUUGGCACCCAUUUU